UGCACGGUUAAAUAGUUCCAAACUUGGUACUAUUUUCAUUCUUCUAUUAUAUUUUCUUGUAGUAAGUACUGCGGUUAUCAAGCAAUAAUACAAUAUUCCAAUAACAUUAUAAAAUCGUUAUAAGAACUAUUAUCGAAUAUUUUAAAAACAGUUUUUACUUAAAUAAUUAAAUAUUCUGGACCCUAGUUAAUUGUUUGAAUAUUUAAAAUGUUUUCAAAAACCGUGAUACUGUCUUUUUGCAUGGCAUUGUAUUUUUUGCAAUGUCAAGGUGGUUCACCUGAUGAUCUACAACGUCAUAACAUGAGAACUAUAGUCGAUAAUUAUUUCGAUGAAAUUAGGAAGAACACAACCUACGAAGAAUUUUUAGGAUUAUUUAACCAAGUAAAACAUGCAACAAAUGCAACUGGAGAACUUUCCAGUCGUGUUGAUUUAGAACAGAAAAUAGCAGGUUUUAUAUAUACGAAGGACGACGCUAUAGCUUGCGCCCAAUCUAUAUUUGGUGACGAUGGAGCGACGGAUCUUGUAGAACGUUUUGUCCAAGAAAAUCAAGAUGAAGAUACCAUAACAUUUGAUGGAUUAGUUGAAAUCAUACAUGAUGUAAAACGGGAAAUGCAAAAGUAUUUAAACAUUGACACUGCUGUCCAAAUAAAAGCGGAUAUAAUAAAACGCAUGUAUCCUCGUGGGAACUUUUCUGAAAUCGUUACCACCAUUACAGAGAAUUUAGAUUUUUGAUUAUAUUAUUAACUGUUAUUAAACUAACAUGUAAGUACUAUGUUGUAUGUCACAUACAAAUAUGUAGUCUUGAUUGAAUAAUAAA